GUUAUGGUGCCUAAAGUCAGAAGAUUGGUGUGGCUUCUCAAAUGCAGGAGACUCCAAGGACCUCUGAUGGAUUGCUCUACUUUCAUGCAAUUAGAAGCUAUAGUCCCUUUGGGUGCCCUCUGACCUGUUCUCAGCAACUCUUCCUGCAUGUGGAUGGGUUAGAUGGGCCCUCCACCUUGGUUGUAACUCUUCCUAUCCAUCGUCAAACUGGACAUGGGAAGAGGAGAGAAGCACAGGCCCUGAUCUGUGUUCUUUCUCUCCCCCGCAGCUGUACAGGAUGGGACUGAGGCUGGGCACCAAUAUUGCAGGCCUAUCCUUCAAAUUUUUGUUCUCAUCUGGUGCUUCACAGGAAAAGCCUUUAUGACUUGCCACGAUAUGGCGAUGGCCUUCUCCAUCACCACAUAGCCCCCACUCUAGGUUCUAAGUCUCUCACCAAGCCUGAACACAGCUGAACCUCUUUGACCUUGCUUUCCUUCCCCAUCUUGUCCUUUUCUCUCUCCUUGACCAGCCUGCUUCCCCAGACACCCCCACCCCAACCUUUCCCUAGGGAUCAAGGUUUAGGACUCCAGUGUCCUGAUCACAGCCAUAUUAGGAGGCAUUAGACCCUCCCGUUGCUUCAUAGCUUUCUUUUAGUACUUCCUGCUAGGACCUUGUGAGUUAGGGAAGAUGAAGUACAAGCUGGUCCAGAGAUUUAACUACGUACUAACCCCUUUUCCUCUCCCCAGCCCUCCAGCCCCACCCCAGCCUAUCCAUAGAAGACAGCUUCUUUCUCCUAUCUGUCUCUGUGGAUUAAAAGGCCAGGCUGAGAGCUUGGAAAGGGAGGUACUGGCAUGGGUUGCGGGUAGGGAACUCGGGCUCAGAGAAAGCCAAACACAGCAGAACUAUUCUUGUCCCAGAGCUGCAGGGUCCACAGAUUCCAGCCCAAACCAGCCAAUGGGAGAAGGCCCUCUAAUCCCAGAGGACUAAAGAAUUCUCUUCAGUUAUCCAACAUCCCUGCUGGACCCCAGUCCUGACCCCACCCCCACCUGUACCCCUUGCAGGCUCAGAAGAGCCUGAAGGCCCCCAGUAGCACACUUGCAUACUCUAUAAAGUAAACUCAGUUUGACUGACCUUCCAAGCAGUGUUGUGGAAUGUUCUUAUACAGAUGUCAAUCAGGACUAUGAACUCCAACUUUGACAUGAAAAGAAAGGCAGACUCUUUCCGGCUCCCUGUUCCUGGUCCCUUCAUUUUAGAGCCUCUCCAGCCCUGAAACUAUCCCCACCUUUACACCCAUGGCUCUACUCAUCUCCCAGUUGAGGAGGGAGGGGGAAAUCCGCAGCUUUAUCAGAUGCUUGAGAGGGGGCCCAGCCCUCUCAGCUGUGAAGGGGUUAAGAGGCUGGGCCAGCCACCUCAGCCUGCCCCUCCCAUGGAUUAAGAGUCCUCUAUAAAGGGGACUGUACCCAGACCGGGCCAGGGGGGCAUCAGGGACCCAGACAUUGUGCUCAUUCCCCCUGCCAUGUGGGAACUGCGGUCAGCCUCCUUCUGGAGGGCCAUAUUUGCUGAGUUCUUUGCCACCUUCUUCUAUGUCUUCUUCGGACUGGGGGCCUCACUGCGUUGGGCUCCUGGACCCCUGCAUGUUCUGCAGGUGGCUCUGGCCUUUGGCCUGGCCCUGGCUACGCUAGUGCAGGCUGUGGGCCACAUCAGUGGAGCCCAUGUCAAUCCUGCAGUCACUUUUGCCUUCCUUGUGGGCUCCCAGAUGUCUCUGUUCCGGGCCUUCUGCUAUAUAGCAGCCCAACUCCUGGGAGCUGUGGCUGGGGCUGCUGUGCUGUAUAGUGUUACCCCACCUGCUGUCCGAGGAAACCUAGCACUUAACACGCUGCACCCUGGAGUGAGUGUGAGCCAGGCCACCAUGGUGGAGAUCUUCCUGACACUCCAGUUUGUGCUCUGCAUCCUUGCCACAUACGAUGAGAGGCGGAAUGGCCGCCUGGGCUCCGUGGCCCUGGCCAUUGGCUUCUCCCUCACCCUGGGGCACCUCUUUGGGAUGUAUUAUACCGGUGCAGGCAUGAACCCUGCCCGCUCCUUUGCUCCUGCUAUUCUCACCAGAAACUUCACCAACCACUGGGUGUACUGGGUGGGCCCAAUCAUUGGAGGGGGCCUGGGCAGUCUCCUCUACGACUUUCUCCUCUUCCCCCGACUCAAGAGUGUUUCUGAAAGACUGUCUAUUCUCAAGGGUGCCGGGCCCAGUGACUCCAAUGGACAACCAGAAGGCACAGGAGAGCCUGUUGAACUGAAGACCCAGGCCCUGUAAAAGCUUCAGUUGGAUAGAAGGAGUAGGAAACUUCUGGGCUUAGUGGAGGGGCUAAGCAGGGCACUGGAUGAAGAAAGAGACUGUGGAAGGGGCAUGUACUUCGUUAUUUUUUAAUUUAUUAUUAUUUUUUAAUUUUAUUUUUUGCCUUUUGCCGUGUGAAAUCUUUCAAGUUGCAUUCAUGAGCUGGUUAGUGCAAAUUUCCCUUGCUCCCCAUCUCACCCCUCUUCACUGCUAUGUGUACAUGAUUGUGUGUAUGAAUGUGAGUGUGACUGUGUCUGAGUUUUGGGUCAUGGCAGGAGAGGUGGGGAAGAGAAAAGAGGUAUCAUCCUAUACCUCCUUCUCCCAACCCAAUGUGAGCACAGGGAACCAAAACCUUAAGUUUCUGGCCUUUACCCUCAUGGCCAGUCAAGUGUUUGGUUCUAGGUUUCUGAGACAGCAGGGAAGCAGGAAGUACUCACAGAAGGCAGAUGGAAAGAAAUGGAUGAGACAAGGCAUUCCAAGGGUUGUGGGGUGGGGGUGGGGUGGGCAAGAAGUAUUAGCCCAGUUCAGGAUGCAAUUGUACCAGAAAGUUUGGGGAAAGGGGAAGUAUAGCCUACCUAUCUCAGGAUGCUUGUCCCAGGGACUUGGGUGGGAAGUAGCUCUGAGAAAAGGGAGCACUGGAGUUUGAACUGUUCUGUAAAGCCAAAUAAACCUGUCUACACCA